AGGAGGGGAGGGGAGCUGAGAGUAGGGAUGGGGCGGCCAUAAAGGCGGUCUCGGAUCCGCGGUCGGAGGUUCCUGUCCAUUGCUGUGGCUGCUGGGCCCUCGCGUGGUGGGGGGGCCAUGGCCACGGUCACGAUCGCUGCCACUGCGGUGCGGGGCGGCUGCAGCCACGGGGUCCUCAGCCUGCUCUUCCUUCUGCUGCAGGUGGCAAUGGACAGCGCAGAUGGCAGCUGUGACCUCGCUGACCAGUGCCCGCCUAGUGCCAGCUGGACCAGCCUGUGGUAUGUCUGGCUGAUCCUGUUGACCGUGUUCAUGCUGCUCCUCUGCGGCAUCCUGGCCAGCUGCAUCAAGUUCUGCUGCCACAGGAAGCAGCUGCCCUCGCAGACAACAUUCCCCCUUCCCAGGCGGCCCUACGACCUGACAGUCAUCACUGUGGACAACGACAGCACCAUCCACAGUACCGUCACCUCUUACAGCUCUGUGCAGUACCCCCUGGGCCCACCCCUGCCACUGGCGUUUCGGGAGAUGGAACCGGGCACUGUGUCCCCUCCAGCCUACAGCCUCUAUGCCCUGGAGUUGCCCCCCUCCUAUGAAGAAGCCAUUAAGAUGGCCAAACCAGGCUUGGAAGGGGCUCCGCCCUCCCAGAAGGCCAGCCAGAGCCCAGAGCAGCCUGAGCCCUGUGGGGACUUGCAGCCUAGGGAAGAGCCAAGGCCAAACCCCACCCCAGACCCUGCAGAACCCCAGCCAUAGCCCAGGGGCAAAAGGGGCUUUGGAAAGAGCCGCCCCAGGAACCUUGAGGAGCAGUGGGCCCAGGAGAGCGGCCGAGGUGGGGGGUUGAUGGAUGCCGUCCUUGAUGUCCCCACCUCUGGCUUGGGGCCAGCUCGGCGACCUUCUCUCAGAAGGGGAUCUGGUGACACCCGAGGAGCAGGCUGGUAAAAAUAGCAGAUGGCCCUGACCAGUCCAGGCCUCCCUCCCCAGGGGGAGGAACAAAAUGUCCUGGGCUCCACUCGCCUGACGUCAUCGGAAAGGAAGAGGGCACUCGGGCCCCCCACCUGGGGGCUGUCAGUUCUGGCCAGGUCAAGCCAGGCCAAGGAGGGGGAGGAGGGCCUGUCCCCCUGUACCCUCCCACUUGGCAAGAGUGAUCUAGGAAUCGUGUGAGGCUGUAACCACUGGCUGUGUGAUGGUCACAAUCUGCAGAAGAGCCUGGGAAGGCGAAGAUCACCCGGAGUGGAAGGCCCCAAGCCCACCCAGGGGGCUCGGGCUGGGGGAGGACUCUCUGGACACCAGCAGAGACUUUCCUGGCCAGAGUGGGGAGAGGCUUCCUCUACCCACCCACCCCUAGCUGGCCAGUUGUGGGAUAGGGGGAUGUGGAGUCUGGGUCCUAGCCCCCCUCCACAGGAACCGAGAAGGGACCUUCAGACACCGUUUACUCUGACCCAGGCUUAAAUAGGACUUUCCCCUUUGGUGGGCCCAACAGAUGGUCAUCUGGCCUUCAGAGAAGGGAUGGGGACAUCUCAUUCCCUCUGCAAAUCACCCAUUAAGUGACAGAAAGAUUUUCUUAGCAUUAAAUCUAAAUUUCGCCUUUUUAUAACUUCCCUCCAUAGCUCUCCAAGGCCAAACAGGCACAUGUCAUCACCCUUCCAUGUGAUAGCGACUCGGAUGCUUGGAGAAGUUCUUAUGGCCUCCCCUCCCCACCCCAGGGUGCCCUUCCCCAGGCUAAAAGUCUCCUUUUUCUUUGAUAGCCAUCCUCAUGUGGAAUGGACUCAAGACCCUUCCUCAUUCUGGCUGCCCUCCUCUGGUCAUCUGGGCCUGAUGCUGUCCAGCACUGAGGUGGAGGUGGGGCUACAGGGAGGCCUCUGGGGGCAGGGGGCAAGGGGUGGGCAGUGAGAAGGAGUUUCUUAGGUUUCGUGGUCGAAUUAACUGCUCCAGUCUAGUUGUCUGCUUUGAUUUCUAUGGCUUUUUUCUUUGAGGGGGGGGAAAAAAGUAAAGUUUUGAGGAAUUUUUCCUGUG